AUGUCCUUCCUUUUUGUUUUCUCCCAGAACGAGACGCUUCACCUACCACGAGUCAAUCGGUUCGAUCGAGGCAUCUAUCGAUGUCAUGCGGCAAACAACGUCUUUGGCUCCACCGAAUACGACGUGAUGCUGGAGGUCAACUACAAACCACAGAUCCGAUUGGCUCGUUACAAGGGAGCCUAUGGUCAGGUAAGUAGCCAUUUCGUCUAA